CACCUACAACUAUAUACAAGUACACAACACAACACAUUAAAGUCGGAAAGCAACAAAGUUUCGUAGCAAAAUACCAACAUAAUAACAAUUUAAGGUAGCUUGUCGAAGGAGCCAUGCAACGUUUACCCGCCAAAACGAUAAGCAAAAUCGCUCGUACAGCAUGCGACGUGUUCAUAAACCACCGUGGGAUAGACACAAAGAAAAACGUUGCGGGGUUGUUGUACGAUAAUCUUACGAGGAAUGGAGUGAGGGCAUUCUUGGACAGCAUGAACAUGAAACCUGGGGAUAGGCUAUUCGACCACAUUGAUAGGGCUAUCCUCGGUUGCAAGGUUGGUGUUGCGGUCUUCUCUCCUCGUUAUUGUGACUCCUAUUUCUGCCUCCACGAGCUGGCUCUUCUCAUGGAGUCCAACAAAAGGGUUGUUCCUAUUUUCUAUGAUGUCAAACCGUCGCAGCUUGUGGUCAAGGACAACGGAACACGCCCUCAUAAGGACCUUCAGAGGUUCUGUUUAGCACUCGAGGAAGCUAAAAACACCGUCGGUUUGACGUUUGAUUCUUUGAAUGGGGAUUGGUCGGAGCUGCUAAGGAAUGCUUCCGAUGCGGUGAUCAUGAACUUGCUGGAGGUAGAGGAAGAAAGGAAGCACGCGAGGAAGCAACAUCGUUGAAUGCUUCAAUGUUCAUACUUCAUAGCGUUGGAUAACCACAAUAUAAAUUCGUUUAUUAUUUUUUUCGUAUAUAAUAUGGGAUCUUAAUGAGAGAGACCAUAUGUUUGAUGCCUUCAACAUCACUCAAUUCUGUGGCCUGAAUUCGCUUAAUAAUUGGUUUAGGCUUCAGUUUAUAAUUUUUUUUUAAAAGCAAAAUUUAUUGAAAUAACAGAAGCACUUCUGGUGCUUUGAUUAAUUCAUUUGUAUUACAAAAUUCUUUGAUUAAUUCAUUUGUAUAUCUAAUUGUAUAAUUUCCUUUAUUCUCUGAUAUAUAGCAAUUUCCUUGGAAACCCAUUUUGCGCUGUAUCUUCUGUAUUUUACUUUCAUCCCGUAAUUCGGGAUUUAUAGGACAUCUGUAACAAUUUCAAGGGCAAAAUCAAUAAAUUGUAGUUGAUUUAUUAA